AUGGAGAGAAGAGGUUUUAAUGUGGUAGUAUAUCUCGACGAUUUUCUAGUGAUAGGAGAGACCUUUAAUGAGUGUCGGGACGCUUAUAACGCCUUGAUUAAUCUCCUGAGGCGGCUCGGCUUUAGUGUGAAUUGGAAGAAAGUGUGCGACCCUACGACAAGGCUUACGUUCCUGGGCACCGUCAUAGACACUGUCGCGGGUACGCUAUCCCUGGAAAAGCAGAAGAUGUCGGCUCUGAUUACAUGCUUAAAACAAUACAUGGCCCGGAAGCGUGCGUCGCGGCGCCAGCUUGAAUCUCUCGCAGGGAAACUCGUGUGGGCUUCAAACGUUAUCCCUUGGGGCAAAACUCAUGUGCGCCCCAUUUUCAACGCGAUUUCAACUCUUAAAAAGGCGGCACACAAGUGCAAACUCGAUUCUCUUCGCCGGGACUUCCUUUGGUGGAAUAAAUGGCUUAUUGCAGGAAACAACACCAGACUAAUCUGGGAUUUCCGUCCAGAAUGUCGUGUAUUCACAGUCUCCAGUGUUUUUGCAGGUGGAGCCUUCCACAAUGGAGACUGGUAUUACACGAACUGGGAGCAGGAUGCCCCCCGCCUUGGCGCCAGCCAUAUCAACGUAAAGGAACUUGCAGCCAUUGUCCUUGCAGCUUACAGAUGGGGACACCUGUGGUCUUCAUGCCGGGUCAUUGUCCACACGGAUAGCGAGGUCGCCAUGCACAUCUUAAACAAAGGGGCGUCACCCAAUCACAUGUAUCACGUGCGGCUGCGCCAGCAACUAGAUGAGGAGGUAGUCUUUUGGAGAUCCCAGCUAUUCGCACCGUCCACUAAGAGCACUUACAAAUCCCACCUUCGCGCCUACGCCAAAUUCUGCGCCGAGAUAAA